AUGGCCAUCAACAAACUAACAAAUAGAGGAUACUUGUUCAAGAGAGGACGUAUCAACACAAAGUGGCAGAAACGAUGGUUCAUGCUUGGUGCAGACAGUCGUCUAUGUUACAGUAGAUCACCAUCGGAUAAAGGAAUGUCUGGUUAUAUACAACUGAUGAGAGCAAUCAUAAGUAUUGUACCAGAUGUUAUCGAUGAGUAUGAUCAUUGCUUCAAUAUAAUUACACCUGAUCGUGUAUAUUAUAUGGCUGCAGAGACAAAGGUGGAGAUGGACGAAUGGAUAAAGAUAAUUGAAACACAUUCAUUCAUCAAGGCUGAGAAUGACUUGAUGGAUGAGGCAGAGUUCAAUAUAAGAGAGUACAUGUUGAAGCGUUCAAACAUGGUCGAUCAUAUGAUGAGCAAGCAGGAUAAGGUAUAUAAUCAUCUCAAGGCGAACAAUCAUCCAACUACUCCAAUGACCAGCACUGGUACAAGUAGUGGCAGUAGUAGUGGUAGUAGUAGUGGUGGUAGCAGUAGUACAUCAUCAUCAUAUACUUCACAAAUGUCUUCUUCAUCAUCUUUGGCAUCGUCAUCAUCACCGUCGGUAUCACUGUCAUCUAGGGGUGUACUGUCUUCAUCUCCAUCCAGCAGUGGCAGUCGGCGUCUAAUGUCGUCUAGAGAUCAACCAACAAUGUCCACAUCAAUGCCAUCGACCAACAACAUCAUUCUGAAACCUUCAUCAUUCUCAUCGUUUGCCUCUGAUAAGAUACCUUCACCAUCAACACAUAACAACAAUAAUAAUAAUAAUAAUAGGAAUACAAUGCCAGCACCAAUUACAUUGACAACAACUUCAACAACAAUCAAUCAUCAACAACACCAGUGUGGCGGACCGACUGCCAGCAUUGUUGUUGACAACAUAGAUAGUAUUGAAGAGCAGCAUACUACCACCAUUAGCAGUAGUAGUAGUAGUAGUAUUGGCGAUAAUAGUAACAACACUACUACCAACACAAGCAGUAGUAGUAUAAGUAAGAGAUCAAGGAGCUUCAGUUUAUCAUUCUCAACAAAGACUGUUAUGAAGACAUGGUCCUAG